AUGACUUGGUGCUUUGUGACUUCAAAAUUUAUACUUUUCUGUUUGAAUUUUUUAUUCGUGCUCAUUGGAUUAGCAUUGGUUGCAAUUGGAGCAUGGAUUGCAGCAGAUAAUCAGGGUUUUCUUGAUACAAUACAAUUCUUCUCAUCAAAAGAAUCAGUUGAACUUCAACUUUAUCAAGGAACCUCAAUAAUACUGUACUUCAGUUAUGGUGUCAUUGUAAUGGGAGGAUUAUUAGUAAUUAUCACUUUUAUUGGUUGUUGGGCUGUAGUCAGUGAAAAUCGUGGAUUACUCAUAGCUUAUACAGCUCUACUGAGUUUAUUGGUUCUACUUGAAGGCGGAGCAGCUGCAGCUAUGGGCGGUACAGUUGAUAUGUGGACAAAAGACUACGAGAAUUCAACAUCGAAUCAAUUUGUAAAAAAUUAUGUUGGUACAUUUGGAGCUUUCAAUGUAUCAGAGUAUGAGCCUUAUUCACUUACUAUGGAUAUACUAAUGAUAGAGCUUAACUGUUGUGGAUUAAAUGGCGCUUCAGACUUUACAAAUACUCAGUCACGAUGGUAUGCUAGUGGUCGAAGAUAUUUGAACGUGGCUUACGGUGAUGCCGUUAAAAUUCCACCAGCUUGUUGUAAAUACACUUCAAAAGCAUUCUUAAAAAAAUAUGAUUACAAUGCAUUUGAGGAUAAUCUUCAAGAUCAAAAUUGUGUGCUAACAACAAAUGAAUCGAACAGUAAUCAAGGUUGUUUAGCUGCAUCGAAGAAAAAAGUAUUCGAGAAAGGAUUACCAUACAUUGCAAUCCCAAUUAUCAUUGUGGCAUUACAGCUCGUCUGUAUUGGAGUUUCCGCCUAUUUAAUCACAAAAAUUAAGAAAUGGGAUGAAGAACUUUACUACUAA